UCUGCUUCUUUUCUUAGAUAUUCCUCAGGGUUUGGUUUGCUUUAUUGAUCCCUACUAAGCAUUGAACUGAUACCUUCAUCAGACUCGCAACUAUCUUUUAAAAUCCCAAGAUCUUUCUCCUAAGUGACAGUAGGAACUCUAUCCAAUCGGAGGCUUUGGGAAGGAGCAAGCGGAGACCAUCGUAUCGGCAUUAAUAACCCUGUCGAAUGUCAGCUUAGACACAGUCUAUAAGGACAUGGUUACGCAGGCUCAGCAGGAAAUAACUUUACAGCAGAUAAUGGCACAUUUGGACUCCAUUCGAAAAGAUAUGGUCAUCUUGGAGAAAAGUGAAUUUGCAAACUUGAGAGCGGAGAAUGAGAAAAUGAAAAUUGAAUUAGAUCAAGUUAAACAGCAGCUAAUGAAUGAAACCGGUAAAAUCCGAGCUGACAGCAAGCUAGACAUAAACCUGGAAAGGAGCAGAGUGACAGAUAUGUUUACAGAUCAGGAGAGGAAACUGAUGGAAGCAACUACAGAGUUUCAUAAAAAAGAUUCAAGUACCAACAGUGUUAUCUCAGAAAUCAGUAAUAAAAUUGACACUGAAAUAGCUUCCUUAAAAACGCUCAUGGAAUCAAAUAAACUCGAUACGAUACGUUAUUUGGCAGCUUCAGUAUUCACUUGCUUAGCAAUAGCACUGGGAUUUUACAGGUUCUGGAAAUAGAUCCAAGUGGAAUGGCUGCAUCAAAUACAGAUGGAGAAAAGGCCACCCAGGCAACAUCAGUUAGACGAUCAUGUUUGCGCUGUAGAUAACCUUGGUAUCUUUUUGUUUUGGUAUUCUUACCGUGCACUAAAAGUGUUUUCUGAAUAUGUAACACUAAAGAUCAAAAUAACUGGGGGGGAAGCAGGCAAAUAGUAAUAUUUCAUUGUCCCCUAUUGAAUACUGUAUUUAUUUCAAAGGACUUUUAUGCUAAAUCAGAAAGUGUUUCCUAGUGUGUUUUAGAAUUAAUUUUGUUUUCUUUUGGAAUAUUCUCCAAGGAACGUUCUCACUCUCAGCUCCUCUCGAAAUGGAAAUAUUAAACUUUGAUAUGCCCUUGAAAUGGGAAUACUAUUCCCAAGUUAGUAUUCCCAAUAUGGGAAUACUAAUGACAGAUUCCAACAGAUCUACUCUGAUCCAAGUAAAUUAAUCUUAAAUAUAGGAUCUGGAUUUUUGCCUUCAGUCUGUUCCUCUCUUUUCUGAUGGAUUGAAGCCUGGCACUUUGGGUUUUUUAUUUAUAUACAAACACACACUCCAAGGCCUUUACUAAAGAAUUCUUGUUUUUCUUGAAAACUGGUUUACAUAAAUUUAAAAUCUCAUGUAGAACUAAAAUGCCGCCAUAGUUGGUUUUUUUUUUUUUAGUAUCUUUUGCAAUUUCCAUAACCCCAGAGGACAACAGGGUGGGAGAACUUCUCCCUUUGUCUUUCCAAGGGGAAAUGCCUCCACUCUCAGCAACUGUGUACAGCCCUGGGGCAGAUAAGGGCUCUUAACUCCUCCAAGUAGUGCAGAGUAUUUCCAAUAAACCCUCACAUAUUUUCGGGCAUAGGAUCUGGCUGGUAACAUGGAAAUACUCAGCAUCUCAGUGGUGCCAGUGUGACGGUGGCCAUCCUCCCGUCUCCACACUCCUCUGGACUGUUCUGUAAUCCCGUGGGACACACUGACUCCCCUAACUUCUGGUGAUGACCCCUCUACCUUCUGCAAGGACUUCACAACUCUUGUUGUAGAGAUGGGACAUAGCAGGUGGAUGCCUUCCAAAACUGAAGCAGUUACACCUUGUUGAGUAUAAAUGCAUAUGCUUGGUUUGAUUCUUUUAAUAAUAUAGUAAUUAAAAAAAAUCUUCCUGGAUUAAACUUUUAAGUAAGAGCAGGUCCCUUAUGGGCUAAAGAGUAUUUAGUACUCAUAGCAGCAAUUUUUUCUAUUGCAGUUUUAUUCUGUUUACAGUUGAACUUGCUGGUAUCCUGCCAAUUCUUAUAUUCUGUGCAUUAAAUUAUUUAUCAUCUUCAUUUAAGAAAAUAAAAUUAAUUUCUUA